UCUGAAAAGGAUCUGAAGCCAGUUGGUACGGCCCAGUCUACAGCCACUGCCAGUGCAUUGGAGAACAAAUCAAAGAACCGGUACAGCAAUGUACUGCCAUAUGAACCAUCCAGGGUGAAGCUAUCCAUCCUUGGCAGCCAGUUUGAUGACUACGUCAAUGCAAACUACAUUCCGGGGGCGAACUCCAGGAAGGAGUUCAUCGCGAGCCAGGGUCCUCUGCCUUCCACGGUGAAUGACUUCUGGAGGAUGAUCUGGGAGAAGAACAUCAGCACUAUAGUGAUGCUGACCAGGUGCAACGAGCAGAGACGAGUGCAAUGUGAACAGUACUGGCCGGCUGAGAGUAAGCACUACAACAACUUCAUCAUCAAGACAACUUCUGAAAUCACUCUUGAUGACUGGGCCCUGAGAGACUUUGCGGUCAAAAAUGUGAAGACCGCAGAAACCCGUUCUGUGCGCCAGUUCCACUUCACAGCCUGGCCUGAUCACGGCGUCCCUGAGAGCACUGAGCUCCUGAUUAACUUCCGCGACCUCGUGAGGGAGCACAUGGACCAGUACUCCCUUCACUCCCCCACCGUGGUGCACUGCAGUGCUGGAGUGGGUCGCACAGGAGCCUUCAUCGCCAUUGAUCGCAUCAUCUUCGAGAUCGAGCGUGAAAGCAUAGCGGAUGUGUUUGGCAUCACCUAUGACAUGCGUAUGCACCGGCCACUCAUGGUCCAGACAGAGGACCAGUAUGUGUUUCUGAACCAAUGUGCUUUGAAUGUCAUAAAGUCAAGGAGGGGCACCAAUGUGGACCUGAUCUACCAAAACACAGGAGCAAUGAACAUUUACGAGAUGGACAUUUGAGAGAUGUAUAUUUGCCUUUAUGCUGAUACACUUCAUGCUACUAAUGUACUUGCACUUAAUGAC